AUGAAGGAUCAUGGAGGGCCUUUGGGAAUCUUGUAUAUUGAUGAUUAUGCUGAGUUUGAGAAUUCUGCUUUGUAUAAUGGCUGUGUUCAAACAUUUGGCGUUAUUGGUUCUGCAUUUGGAUUGUUGCUGGAGUCACUAUGCACCAAAGUCUAUGUUGAUAUUGGAUAUGUAGACAUGGUCACCAUCAUGCCUGACGAUGUCCACUGGGUGGGAGCAUGGUGGCUGGGCUACCUCAUUGCUGGCAUCAUCACCCUCAUGUCUGGUGUUCUUUUCUGGUUCUUGCCUAAGUCACUGCCAAUUCCUGUAGAUAAACAUGAUGGCAGCUGCACUCCAGACCAGACCAGGUUUAUCACCAUGAAUCACAAGCUCCAACCAGAAGAGCCGGCUAAUUUACAUCUGAUGGCUAAAGAAUUUGUGCCAACAUUAAAGAGCCUUCUUGGGAACCCUGUAUACAUCAUCUACCUGUGUGUGGUGACAAUUCAGUUAAACUCUCUCAUUGGUAUGGCCACCUACAAGUCUAAAUACACUGAGCUACAUUAUGGCUACUCAGCAUCAAAAGCCAAUUUUCUUAUGGGCAUGAUUAACAUCCCAGCUGUUGCCCUUGGGAUGCUCUCUGGAGGGGUUGUCAUGAAGAAGUACAAGCUGGGUGUCCUGGGAGCAGUUAAAUUUGCCUUUGGGACUUCACUACUGGGCUACUUCCUGUCUCUCUUAUUCUUGGUCAUGGGCUGUGAGAACUCCAAAGUGGCUGGCAUCACAGUUUCAUAUGCUGGGCUGUGUAAGGGCUAUUUGACCAAGAAGGACAGUGAUGGGGUGCUGCACCAGAUUACCUGGCCUCCACGGUCACUGGACCUGAACUCAAUCGAGAUGGUUUGGGGUGAGCUGGACCGCAAAGUGAAGACAAAAGAGCCAACAAGUGCUAAGCAUCUCUGGGAACUCCUACAAGACUGGUGCACUAAGCCUGAGCUAAAAUCCCUGGCUCUUGGAAUUCACACUCUGGCUUUGCGAGUCUUGGCAGAAGUACCUGCUCCCAUAUACUUUGGAGCCAUAACAGAUUCAUCCUGCCUCACAUGGGGAUACAACACAUGUGGAGAAAAAGGUCAUUGCAGAAUAUACAACAAUACAGCUUAUAGGACAGAUGUGUGCCUGGGCCUCACAUUUGGAUUGAGGGCCAUCUCUUUCUUACUCUGCAUUUGGGGUUUUGCUCUGCUCAAAAGACACAUUCUGAGAGAGGAGACAAAGGCUGAUGGGAAGAGUGAGCUGGAGUUUCUGAGUAAAGAGGAGAACAGCUCCGCUGAUUAUGAGCAGCUUAUACAGUCCUCAGACUCCAGCCCUGACAGAGAGACUCACCUGUGA